UAUAUAUAUGGGGAUGUAACAACACCGACUCAAACUCAUUACCCUUCUUUAAAAUUCUCUCUCUGGGAGUUCUCUCCCUUGUUGGGUUUUUCUGUGUUUGUGUUCAUCAAUUUGAAGCUCUUCAAGGCUUCAUCAAUGGUGGAUCUUCAGACUGUGUGUUGUAUGUGCGGUGAUGUAGGCUUCCCUGACAAGCUCUUCCGCUGCACCAAGUGCCACCAUCGCUUUCAGCACUCGUAUUGCAGCAACUACUACAGCGAAUCAUCGGAGCCAAUUGAGCAUUGUGAUUGGUGCCAAAGUGAAGAGAGAAGUUCAAGAUCUCAUGGAAGUUCUUCAAAGAAAUGCGCCGCUGGAAAUGACUCCGGCAGCGGUGGCGGCGCCACCAACAGAUCGGAGUACUCCGGCGACAAGAUCAAGCAACAUGACCGGGACGAGAGUGCCACCACCACCACCGCUGCCACCGCCACCGCCACUGCUGAGAAGGGGAAGAAUCCAAGCGGCGCGCCGUCGCCAAGGACUACUACCCGCAGGUACAAGCUUCUCAAGGAUGUCAUGUGUUGAAUUUGAAUAAAAAAACAUAGACUAAUUGUGAUGAUGUCUUAAGGGUUGUGUGUCCAUAGUAGCAAUAGCAAAUGUUGAUCAAAAGUUGUUUUUA